GAUAAAUAUUGAUAAUAAUAUAAUUAUAAAAAAAUCUAAAUAUCCAAGAGCGUCUAACCUUCUAUAUUUUAUUUGGAAGAUAACGCGCCGGUUAUUUGGAAAAUACUGCUGCAUUAAUACAGCAAUGUGUCACGGAUGAUAUUUAUAAUUAAAUACGGAUUAAUGAGAAAUUAAUGACCAUCUGCAAUCACUGAAUAUAGAAUGGACAGGACUCUAAACAGAUUGUUUCGAUUAUAUCCAGUAGCACGCAAUUGGACCAUUCUUUCAAAUUAUAUAACGCCAUUACAAUCGAUGCAGAGCAUGUCACGAACAUGUAGUUUGACAGAUUAUACACAGCUGGAAGAUGUUGCUCAACCAUUAAUAAAGAGCGCCAAAUUACCAUAUCAAUUUAUGAAAAUAUUAGACAAAGCUGCACAGAAAUCUACAAACAUGACUGUGCGUGAAGCUGUUAGUACAAUGUCUGCAUUGUAUGAUAUAUCUAAAUAUACAUAUAAAGACAUACAUAUGAAGCAUACAGAGAAAGUCGAAACGCACACAGGCUUUAUAAACCUAUGUGAUGUACUGAAUAGAAAUAUCAGAGACAUGAAAAGACAUGAUAUUAUCGAAAUUCUGAAAAUAUUAUCAUUUUUAAAUAUUCCUAGCAACAGCGUUUUAAUUCAGUCUCUGCUGCAAAUGAUUCGCGCAAACAUAAAUGAGAUGUCUCUUUAUGAAAUAAUAUUUACAGUUUUUCUAUUAAAAAAGAUGGAUAGUACACCGUUGAGAGAUGCUCUGCUGAUAGCUUUGCCUCUGGUGUUUGAGACACAUUUUUUCACUAAACUACAAUCGGAUGAUGUAACUAUCUUAAACUGGUCGAUAAGAUUUAUAAAUGAAUUUAAUAUAAAAAAUCAAGAAGUAUACAAUAUAUUAUUCAAAUCAUUGCUGAUGCAUGAAAAUAAUAUAGCUCCAAAAACAGCUUGGUCUAUCUUUCUUAAUUUAUGUCAAGUUUCUUAUCUACCUCCAAUAGCUUUUGAUGUAUUGGCCAAUAUACAACAGAUUCUUAUAACUAACGCAAAAGAAUUUAGUAUCACAAAGAUAAUUAAGACGCUCAGCAGUCUACAGUUUGUCGUUGCAAUGAACAAAACACAUGGAUACAAAUUCUACAAUGAAGCAUUGGUGGAUGCUCUCGUCAAUUCAGCAUUGUCCUCGGAUAUCAAUUUCCACAGUGGUAUUCAUUUACUCAAACUGUUGAAUAAUCUAAAUUAUGCACAUAUACCCCUCUUGGAGUAUUUGGCAGCAAAAUGCUUCGAACAGCCAGAUCUACUGAAAGAUGCAACCUAUAUAAAACUGUUCAGUUUCUUAGAAGGUUUUAUUUAUGCCGAUUACAAGCCGGUAUUUUGGGAUACUAUACGAGAUGCGAUAUUGGCGAAUCAAGUGGAAAAUAAAUCAACCGGCAAAUCUAUAAUUCGAUUUGCUUUGUAUUUGACCGCAUUAGAUUGUUAUAGCCCGAGCUUACUCAGUAAGGUCUUCUCCUAUAAUAUAAAAAAUAAUGAGGAAGCAUACACAGAUAUUCUGGCUAGAGAAAUGUUGCUUUUAUAUCAAAGCAUUAAGACGCUGUAUCCUAUGUAUGAGGGACCGUGGCCGUCGCAAGACACACUCGAAUACAUUACCAAUCUUGAUCCGAUAAUGCCCACGUUUUCCUUGAAAGCGGCGUUAGAAUUGGCGUUAGGCGGUCCUCUAUAUAUUCACAAUAACUUGAAAACAAAACUGGGGCAUCACAUCGAUCAUGUUGUUGUAAUGAGAAAAGGGGGCUAUCCUAUUGCAAUUAAUACAAUGGCACCCGAUAAAAUGAACAUAAACUACGUUGAAGAUAUACAAACUCCAAGCGAGAGUCAAACAAUACUCAUCUUCAAUUUACCGGACACUGCGUACGCUGUGAAUUCACAAAGAUUAAAAAGUACAUGGUCGUUAAGAAUAAAGUCCGCGGAAGUAUUGAUAAAUUCCAACACAGUUGCCAUACAUUCUAGUUCUUGGAUGAAGCUACCAGAGUACGAAAGAGUUCCCUAUCUGAUGCAAGCUAUAAAACUAAAGUGCGAAGAUUUUUCAGUCUCUGUAAAUUAGAAUACUUUGUAAUCAAAUGUAUAUAAAUAUAAAUAUACAGUAAAAAAAUAUAUAUAUAUGUAUAUAUAUAUAUAUAUAUUUUGAAAAUAUAAAGAGCAAAGCACUGUACUCACUUUAAU